AUGGAAACUAUCAAGAAUACUGCUAAUGCUGUUUCUGAUAAAAUUAGCGAAGUAAUCAGCGGUUCAUCAGCUGAAGCCAACAAACAAAAAGCAAAAGAUUCAAGCAAUACUGCUGGUGAACGUGUUGGAGCUGGUAUUGAUUAUUGCAAAGAUAAAGUGGAUGAAGCUGGUCAUGCUGCUUCCAAAGAAGUAAACAAACAAAAAGCUACGCAUUAA